AUGUUCAUUUUGAUGGGAGUCUUCUUCUUCCUCAACAUUUCCCUAUUCUUGGAAAAUUAUAUUGAUCCCAUGUGCUUUUGGAGAAUAAACCUGAAUGAAAUCAAAGAUCAAGAUUUGUCUUCUACUUGUUCCUUCAUCCUUGGAGCAGUUCAGAUGCCUAUGAAGAAAUAUUAUUUCAAAAAGACUCUGAAUGUCCUAAAAACUACUAAAACCCACAAAUAUGCUUUGGCACUAGCGUUUGCCAUGGAUGAAAUCAACAGGAAUCCUGAUCUCUUACCAAAUAUGACUUUGAUUAUAAAAUAUAAUUUUGGCCAUUGUGAUGGGACAACUAAGACAACGCCCUAUUGUUUUCAUCAGAAAAGAUAUGAACCUAUACCUAAUUAUUCCUGUAAUGAAGAGACAAUGUGUUCAUUUCUGCUUACAGGACCCUAUUCGAGAAUAUCUUGGGAUUUUGGGCUAAACAUGGAUAUCUUCUUAUUUCCACUUUUCCUUCAUCUUACAUAUGGACCUUUCAAUUCCAUGUUCAGUGAUGAUGAACAAUAUCCCUAUCUCUAUGAGAUGGGCUCAAAGGACACAUCUCUAUCAUUUGCAGUGGUCUGCUUCAUACUUUUCUUCCACUGGAAAUGGGUUGGCCUUGUCAUCCAUGAUGAUCAUCAAGGCAAACAAUUUCUCUCAGAGUUGAAAAAAGAGAGUGAAAACAGGGAAAUUUGCUUUGCUUUUGUGAACAUGAUAGCAGCCUCUGAAAUUGCAUACUAUGAAAAAACUGAAAUGAACUACAAACAAAUUGUGAUGUCAUCCACAAAUGUUAUUAUCAUUUAUGGGGAAAUAUACAGUAAUAUUUAAUUGAGCUUCAGAAUGUGGGAAUCUACAGUUAUACAGAGGAUAUUGGUCACCACAGUACAACUGAAUUUCCCAACCUGUAAGAAAGACUUAACUCAUGGAACAUUCUAUGGUACUUUUACUUUUCUACACCACCAUGGUGAGAUUUCUGGCUUUAAAAAUUUUGUGCAGACAUUGUGCCAUCUUAAAAGAACAGAUUUAUAUCUAGCAAUUCCAGAGUGGAACUACUUUAACUGUGAAACCUCAGCAUGUAAUUGUAAAUUACUGAUGAAUUAUUCAUCCAACGUGUCAUUGGAAUGGCUAAUGGAACAGAAAUUUGACCUAACCUUUAGUGAUGGUAGUCAAAACAUAUACAAUGCUGUGUAUGCCAUGGCCCAUGCACUCCAUGAGACGAAUCUGCAACAGGUUGAUAAUCAGGCAAUAGACAAUGGGAAAGGAUCAAAUUCUCACUGCUUGAUGGUAGACUCAAUGCAUGUAUUUUUGGUAAAUUCAUUUCUGAGAAAGAUCCACUUCACUAAUCCUCUUGGGGACAAAGUGAUUAUGAAACAAAGAGUAAUAGUACCGAAAGAUUAUGACAUUUUUCACUUUGGGAAUCUCUCACAACACCUUGGGAUUAAGGUGAAGUUAUGAAAUUUCAGCCCAUAUUUUCCACAUGGACAACACUUUCACUUAUAUGGAGACAUGAUUGAAUUGGCCACAGGAAAUAGAAAGAUGUUCACAGGAGAGAGACUAAUAUUACAGCUGUGA